UGCCUGCCUGGCGCUCGCUGGCUGCCCUCUGGAGCUUCUGGGGCUGCCGCCUGGCAGGCUGCGGCGGAGAGCGAUGAGUCCCGGCUGGCUGGCUGGCGGAGGCUGCAGCUGGGGGGCGGCGGCGCCAUGGCCGGGCGGCGCGGGAUGCUGAAGCGCAAGCCCAACUUCACGUUGCAGGAGAUCGACAUCCUCAUGAGCGAGGUGCUCAAGUACGAGCAGCUGCUGUUCGGGGCCGCCUCCACCAACGUGAACGCCUACGAGAAGCAGAAGAUCUGGUGGCGAAUCACCAGUAAGAUCAACGCGGCCGGGCGCAACCAGCGUGACAUCGGGGAGGUCAAGAACCGCUGGCGCGGCCUCCGGCGCCGAGCCAACGACAAGAUCACCCGGCACCGGCUGCAGCGCCAAGCGCAGUCCCCCGCCGAGCGCCCCUACGCCGCGCACCGUAAGGGCGGUGGCAGCGAGCCGCCUGGCCAGCCUGAGCUUGGCCCGGAGUGGUGCCUGCACGGCGUGUGCCCUUUGGACACGCCGCCGCCGCCGGGCACCAUCGAGGCGGCGGCUCUUCAGGGUGUGAAGGAGGAGCCAGUGAAAGAAGAGCCAGUAGAGGUGAAGCCAGUCCACCCCCUUCCCAUUGAUGCAGUCCAGCAGCAUGUGAGCCGGGGGGCUGAGAGGCGGCUGCUCAGGAGCUCUGGCCAAAUCCCAGAUGACCCCUGUGAGGACUGGAGCAGAAGCCCCCCAAAUUCCUCACAGACAGAACUCUCGCUCAGUGAGUUUGGGGGACGGCAGGAGACCCUGGGUUCGGAUUAUGCAAGAAUCACAUUUGACCAGGAGUCUCCACAUGGGCACCCGAACAAUUGUAACAUGGGAGACGUAGCGCAUCCUAUGACAGUGCCGAUUCAGGAAGGGUUGUCAGAAAGCAGCCGGUUUAGCCUAGCAGAGAGAUGGAUUGUCCAAGCUAAUGAGCAGUUGGUACAGGAGAUGCGUGCCUUCCGGCAGGAGUAUGCUGAAAGCCACAGAGAGACUGCCUCCAUUUUGCACAGCAUUGCUGAAGCCCUGAAUGGUGUCCACAGCAGCCUGUCUGAGAUCCGGGAUCUCUACCUCCGCCAGCAGGUGGCACCCAAGCAAUGAGGGAUAUACCUUCAGAAGAUGCUGAGCACCUCUAGCCUUUCAUGAAUAGUAUCAGCUACUAUGAAUAAGUCACUUCAGCUACGAAGAAGAGCUUGGGAGGUGGGUUGGAGGACAGAGUUCACUUCCGAUUUUCCUGAUUCUCAGCUCAAUAAAACUGAAAUGCAAAUCUCUUCUUAGGUGUUUGA